AUGUCUUACAAUUUACUUGUCUUCAGCCUUGUAUUUAUAUUAUUUCUUAAAUACACCAACACUGUAUGGGUGAUUGAUUCAUUUAGCAUAACUAUUUAUAUUCCUGGGAGACAGAAAUUUACCUGUGAUAAAACUGCCAGGAAUGGCUCUACAGAAUGGGACAUUAUAGCUCCAACAGGAAGUGUUCUACGAGACUUUCUAGCUCCAACAGGAAGUGUUCUACAAGACUUUCUAGCUCCAACAGGAAGUGUUCUACGAGACUUUCUAGCUCCAACAGGAAGUGUUCUACGAGACUUUCUAGCUCCAACAGGAAGUGUUCUACGAGACUUUCUAGCUCCAACAGGAAGUGUUCUACGAGACUUUCUAGCUCCAACAGGAAGUGUUCUACGAGACUUUCUAGCUCCAACAGGAAGUGUUCUACGAGACUUUCUAGCUCCAACAGGAAGUGUUCUACAAGACUUUCUGGAGGACAACGAAGCGCGUUACAGAAAACAGAAGCUUGAUCAGAGAAAUAACGACAGACAAAAGCUUGAUCAGAGAAACAACGACAGACAAAAGCUUGAUCAGAGAAAUAACGACAGACAAAAGCUUGAUCAGAGAAACAACGACAGACAGAAGCUUGAUCAGAGAAAUAACGACAGACAGAGGCUUGAUCAGAGAAACAACGACAGACAGAAGCUUGAUCAGAGAAACAAUGACAGACAGAGGCUUGAUCAGAGAAACAACGACAGACAGAAGCUUGAUCAGAGAAAUAACGACAGACAAAAUCUUGAUCAGAGAAACAACGACAGACAGAAGCUUGAUCAGAGAAAUAACGACAGACAAAAGCUUGAUCAGAGAAACAACGACAGACAAAAGCUUGAUCAGAGAAAUAACGACAGACAAAAGCUUGAUCAGAGAAACAACGACAGACAGAAGCUUGAUCAGAGAAAUAACGACAGACAGAGGCUUGAUCAGAGAAACAACGACAGACAGAAGCUUGAUCAGAGAAACAAUGACAGACAGAGGCUUGAUCAGAGAAACAACGACAGACAGAAGCUUGAUCAGAGAAAUAACGACAGACAAAAUCUUGAUCAGAGAAACAACGACAGACAGAAGCUUGAUCAGAGAAACAACGACAGACAGAAGCUUGAUCAGAGAAAUAACGACAGACAAAAGCUUGAUCAGAGAAACAACGACAGACAAAAGCUUGAUCAGAGAAACAACGACAGACAGAAGCUUGAUCAGAAAAAUAACGACAGACAGAGGCUUGAUCAGAGAAACAACGACAGACAGAAGCUUGAUCAGAGAAACAAUGACAGACAGAAGCUUGAUCAGAGAAACAACGACAGACAGAAGCUUGAUCAGAGAAACAAUGACAGACAGAGGCUUGAUCAGAGAAACAACGACAGACAGAAGCUUGAUCAGAGAAAUAACGACAGACAAAAUCUUGAUCAGAGAAACAACGACAGACAGAAGCUUGAUCAGAGAAAUAACGACAGACAAAAGCUUGAUCAGAGAAACAACGACAGACAGAAGCUUGAUCAGAGAAACAACGACAGACAGAAGCUUGAUCAGAGAAACAAUGACAGACAGAAGCUUGAUCAGAGAAACAACGACAGACAGAAGCUUGAUCAGAGAAACAACGACAGACAGAGGCUUGAUCAGAGAACCUAG